CCGACCUUGCCCGAUAAGCUGCGCGCACUAUUAUCUUCCUCUACCGGUCCUGCAUUCCCUGUCUACACUUUGUUAACUGUUUCUCUAUGCCGCAAUGGAGAUAAUAUAGUCUGCCGCCGUUCCUCCACUUUCCCUAGACUUAUUGUUGAGGUACCUACCUUCGCCCUACCUUCAACAUAUUCGACGACCCGGCUGCACCAGAGCACCGGACUACCUUCAACCCCGAGAACCCUAUAUCAACAAAUAGCAUAAUCGAGCAGCGCGCGAAAUGACCGCCACAAUCCGGCAGCUCAGAAAAGCAGCCCGGAUUAUUCUCAUCGGUGCUCCUGGUGUCGGCAAGGGUACGCAAACUGAGCGGCUCCUCACCAGAUACCCAGAGCUCGCCUCAAUUAGCUCCGGCGACCUUCUUCGUGAAAAUGUCCGGCGGAAGACACCUCUAGGCCUUCAAGCAGAAGCCACAAUGCAGUCCGGCAACCUUGUCCCCGACUCGAUGAUCCUCGAUCUUAUAUCCUCUGAAUUUAAAUCCCGCGGCUGGCUUUCGUCAGCGCCGACUUCAUCGAUAUCGCCCUCUGCAUCUUUUAUCCUGGACGGCUUCCCGCGCACCGCGACCCAGGCCUCAAGCCUAGAAACCAUCGUCCCCGUGAAUUUCGUCGUCCACCUCGUUACACCUCCUUCCGUCAUUCUCUCUCGCAUCGCGUCGCGCUGGGUACACGAACCGUCCGGGAGGGUUUACAAUACCGAUUUCAAUGCGCCUAAAGUUCCUGGUAAGGACGAUGUCACAGGAGAGCCUCUGACUCAGAGAGAAGAUGACUCGAUCGAUACGUGGAAGCAGCGAUUGCACAAAUUUGAAGAGACGAGCAAGGCAUUGCUAGAACAUUAUCAGCGCAAGGGCUGUUUGUGGCGUGUCGAGGGCGACACAAGCGACGAGAUCAGCCCGAAGCUUUUCGCAGAAAUUGAGCGGCAGUUCUGCUAGAAUUCCUUCUGCUAGAGUUUUUACACCUGAUGGUCUUCUAUCCCUCGCCCCCGGUCCUAUAUACCUUCUUGUACUAUAUAUCGGUUAUAUCCUGAUCCUUGUGUUUGUUGGCGUCGCAUUCCUGCAGUCCUAGAAGGGCAGCAGAUGGGGACACUGCUUUUUUGUACCACUUCUUCACCCAGAGACAGCUGACAUUUUUCGUGGACGAGUUAACCUAAUGAUCAGUCUAACGAUGUUAAUGAGUGCUGCAACGGUGGAUGACCAGACUAUUAUCUAUAUCUUUCCGAAUAUACAACCAAAAGAUUAGCUGCGCAAUGCAGAGACAUACAUAACGACAAGGAUAUCUAUCAGUAUCAGCCGUAUCAUCAUCAGAACUUAUGCAUCAUGCAACCACCCCCCCAAAGCACACGAACGCCUCCGAUUGCAAAUUAAAAGCACAACACAAUCACCAAUAUCAACAAAGAAUAAGUAGAAGCCACCCUACUUCUUCCCCUCCCCCACAUCUUCCAUCCCCGUCCUAGUCUUAAACUCCCUCGGACUCUCCCACGCAUCCCUAUUCUUCUUGAACCCCUUC